UCAAGUCCGCGACUUCGAAGUCUUGACUUCACCACUUAACUUUACUCCCUUCCCUCCCCCCUAUCCCCUGUUUCUUGCACCUCCCCCAUACACCCCCCCCUCCAACCAGCAUGAGGCCGAUUUAACCCGACUAACGAAUCGAUGACGGAUAUGGAAACGUCUCGCUAUUUAUCCCCAGAGGGGAUAAUACUACCCCCUAGUCCCGUGGAAUCGGUGGACUCUCCCAAGCCGACAGCGCCGGGGUCCUCUGACAACCGCAAGAACGACGUCAUGAUCACUCUGCCACGUCCCCCGGCCCCUUCUCCGAGUCGCUCGCCCUUCGCCCGUUCCCAUUUUCGGUCUCGAUCUCUGGCUGAGGUAUCGGGCCUACCUCCUAUGACGCGCGCUCACUCCACCCCGGGGCUGGACUCACGGGGCAGGUAUAUCUUCGUUCAUGGUCGCGAGGCACCAACAAGUUCACCGGAGAAUGCCGUGAAACGCUAUCUACCAUUUCAAGCCCCAGUGGGGGACAGCCUUGAGUCUAGAAUGGUACCCUUGAACAUUUCCGAGCCCAUUUUAGAGUAUGUUGAGCUGGACACCGCGAUGCCAUCCUCCUCUUCAAUCCAGGGAGAGCCUCGUACGGCCUCACCUGUGUUGUCCAACACUUUUCCCCGAAUGACCCGCCGACGACCGUCAUCCCCGCUCCAUUUCAACCCUAUGAAUUCCACUUUUCAGUCGGCCAGCAGCCCCUCUUCCGCACACUCAUCUCCGAUAAUUCUCAACUCAAGAUUCAACGAAUCCUUUCCUAGUUAUUCAACAUCUUCUGCUUCAUCAAUGCCCUCAACGCCAACAAGCAUUCGCUCGCGGAGCCCGAGCAUUUCAUCUUUAGAGACCAUCCCGGACAUUCCCGAUGCCGAAGCUGCGGCUAUUGAAGCUGAUCGGAUCGCUGCUUUGAAAGCUGCAGCUGAUAGAGCAGAUGAAGCGGAUGCUGCGACAAGCGGAAAUCGUCGACGAGGGGCGUCAGACGCGUCAGGCCCUUCAAGCUCCCUGAUGAACAUGCGAACCGUAUCAGGGGGCUACGGUCUUAGGACUGAUAAGCGGAAACGGUGGAGCGUUUGUGGGGCCGAACGUCGUCAAGAUCUCGACUUAGAGACGAUUUGGGAAGAUUGAUAUGUUGACUACGACUACUUCCUCCGCAACCUCUAACAAAUGAUCAAGCAACAUACGCUAAACAAAGCAAUUUUGUGGGCUGUGCUUCGGCUUUUAACCGAUGGUAUAUUGUCUCAACGUUAAGUUUUAUCUCCACCAGCUGUUGCUCCGACGUACCUUAUAGCUCGACUUCCUGAUGUGAAGGAUUGUGCUAUUGAUAUAACCGGCGACGCUCUUGAGUCCCGCGCCCCAGUUCCUUUUCUCUCGAGGCAGCCUCUACUUCAACAGUCUUAUCCCGGUUCCCGGGAAUAUUAUCAUGCGGCGCUGUAUUAUAUUCUUUUGAUUUGCUGGAACUUCUCCUGAUUGUAACUGUUCUUUGCUCUUUGUUCUGGCGC